AUGUUCGGCGUCUCAUUCCGGGUGGGUUCGGCGGGAGCCGCGCCGGGUCAGAAAGGCCAGAGGGAGGAGGACAAGCCGGGGGGCCGCGCGGAGGCGGGCUGGAGCAGGCGAAAGUCCGACAGGGCCUCCUGGAGCUGGGGAAAGUUCGACCAGCCGGGGAGCAGGGACGGGGGCCAGAGGGGAGACGAGGGCCGGGAGAGGCCAGCGCGGGCCGGGGCUGGACCCAGGGAGGGCAGAAGAAGUGAUGUAGGAGCAAAAACUGGCCCUCACCCCUUCUACUUCAAGGAGGAUAUUCUCUUCGAUCUCCUUCUAUUCCUUUGGUGUCGGGAGGGUGCACUACACCUGAGAGCUGCCCUUGCUGAAGAGUGGGCAAGACCUGAGCUGCUCUGCUCACAUUGUGUCUGGCAGGACCCAUCCCUGCUCCUCGCCAUCACUGUCAUUGGACUGACGGUGCUCAUGUUGGCCCUGAAGAACAAGAACUCAAGAAGAAAGCUUAUCACCUUACAGGACCCUGAAACCAAGUACCCUCUGCCCUUGAUUGAGAAAGAGCAAAUCAGCCAUAAUACCCGGAGGUUUCGCUUUGGACUGCCCUCAAUGGACCAUGUCUUAGGGCUCCCUGUAGGUAACUAUGUCCAUCUCUUGGCCAAAAUUGAUGAUGAUUUGGUGAUCAGAGCUUAUACUCCUGUGUCCAGUGAUGAUGACCAAGGUUUUGUGGACUUAAUUAUAAAGAUCUACUUCAAAAAUGUACACCCCAAGUAUCCUGAAGGGGGGAAGAUGACUCAAUACUUGGAGAACAUGAAGAUAGGAGAUACUAUUCUUUUUCGAGGGCCAACUGGGCACCUGUUCUACCACGGUCUAGGGAAUCUUGCAGUCAGACCAGACAAAACAAGUGACCCUGAAAAAAAAUUGGUCCAUCACCUGGGAAUGAUUGCUGGCGGCACAGGGAUUACACCCAUGCUGCAGCUCAUACGCCACAUCACCAAGAACCCCCGGGACAAAACCAAGAUGUCCCUCAUCUUUGCCAACCAGACAGAGGAGGAUAUCUUGGUGAGAGUGGAGCUUGAAGAAAUUGCCAGAACUCAUUCAGACCAGUUCAAGCUGUGGUACACCCUGGACAGGCCUCCCAUUGGCUGGAGAUACAGCUCAGGCUUCAUUACUGCUGACAUGAUCAAGGAGCACCUCCCUCCUCCUGGGGGUUCCACACUCAUCCUGGUGUGUGGCCCACCCGCCCUGAUCCAGACAGCUGCUCACCCUAACCUGGAGAAACUGGGCUAUACCAACGACAUGAUUUUCACCUACUAACACAUCCCAUGUUUUUAACAAAUUUGCCUGGUCUCUUAUCU